ACCCAAUGACAUAUAAAGAGUCACCAUGAGCUUCUGAUGCUCUAGCCAUUUCUGCUCUGUAUACUUCGACCUAUCCUACCUUCUCUUACUUCAAAUAAGCAUUUCUGUCUUUGAUAGAUAAGCCAUGGCUUCGCCGUUGGAAUAUGAAGUUAAACAGACGGUAGAUCCAGAAGAAAUGCCACCUCUAAGCCCAACCCUAUCAUCACUGAGCGAAGACGCCGAAACGAUGACUGGGACUCGACGGGAGAUUGAUGAGGACGCUCUUUCUAUUCUAUCUAAAGAAUCUUGCCCAGACCACGCCGGACGUAAGACAUUCACCGUCCCAAACGACGAGCCAGCGAAGACGGUGUACGAAGCAUGGAUGGUUCUCGACAGCGGGAGUACCGCCGACCGAGUUGCGUGGAAGACGUUUUGCGGCAUCGAGUUCGGUAGCAAAUGGAAGAGCUAUAACGACGGGUUCUUGACUAUCGAACCCCUGGCAUCUUACGCUCAAGAAGAGCUGGCCGAAUUGCACGUGAACACUGUUCAAGAAUACGGUGCCAAGAGCUCUAAGAAGGGAAGAUCGUACGCCCAGGACCUCGCCAACCGAGUCUUCCGUCUCAACGCGGGCGUGUAUAAUCAAAUCCAGUUUGUCAUAGACAACAAGAUCAGGUCAACAAACAGGACUCCGUUCCGCCGCCGUGACUGGCAAGUCGUAGUCCUCGAGGAGGGCGAGUUUCAGAUGACGGAACUACUCCCGGAGCGCAAGAAGAAAAAGGGCCUAUUCCGUCGCCGCCAAGAGCAACCGGCUGUGUCUAAAUAUUUCAUCGUCCUCCGGGGCGAGGAGGUCAAGUCAACGAAAGAGAAGGAUGGCUGGCGGACGUUCAGCCCUUACUCCAACCCCUGGUGGAGAGUUGACGGACGGGAAACCUCUGAGGCGCGCAGAUGUCAUCGCGACCACGUAAAGAGAGUCGACCAGGCACUCGGUGGGAGUCGUGGGCCUAUUAUUCGCAAUAUGGAGCACAGGCCGAGGAUUUAAAAGUUCUAGAUGUUUGGAGUCGACCCUUUCCCCUUUCCGUUUUCUUCCUUUUGAAAUGACGCAACGAUACACGUGAAUGAUGCUAUGAGAUCAAUGGAUCGGUUAUACGGGUUAUGGGAACGAUGUGACGGGGUUACAGGUUUACCAUUUUAUGAUUUCCGGUGUUGUUAGCUUAGGGGGAUUAGGGAUUGUGCUUGGAGGAGGGAUAUGAAACUUUUU